AUGAUACCGAUCUGUUGGAUGUACAAGUGCUCAGCGAAGGCAAUUGUAGCCAAUGAGAAGAGCCAGAACGUUUGGCUGAACAGAAGGAGCAUGUUUUUGGUUUCUCUUUCGAACGUGUAUAAAGAAGAACACGAGAAGAAGCUGAGAAAGUGUCUCGAACGCUACUACUCCUACGUCUCCCGCUGCAAAAGUUUGAAAGGAUUCCGACGGGAUCUCACUUGGAGACAUCCACACGAGGUGGAAGACGAACUGGAGACAUAUCAUUUGGACGAGUUUGACGGCUUCAUGAAGAGGCUCCGGAAGGCUGAAAGACCUAUUACCAGUCUGGAAGCACAGUACUUUCCAGGAGUCAUCACAUGCUAUCCAGAGGAUAUUACAGAGUUCUUUGAGAAAAGAUGGAAGAGAAUCAAGAAAUCUUUUGUUUCUGCUAAAAAUAAUAUCUGUAAUUGUUUUAAGCGUAGCCCUGCAAUCAAUCAAUAA